AUGGUCCGACGAUCCCAUUACAAGGAUACCUUACAGCCUGCCCUCCACAGGCGAUUCUCCUCGACCGCAGGCCUGUUACUUGCAGUCGCGUACCUGGAAGCUCUGACCCUAGCUUCCUGGAGCUCCCUUCUUUGGUCCUGGUUCCCUCUAGGUCCCACGGGCAUCCGAACGGCUGUCAUCUUUUCCUGCGGCCUCGCGAUCCUUGUCCUGCGCAUCGCACACUACCACGUCGGCGUCCACACCGAAUCGGGCGUGCAAAGUCUCAAGACAUCGCUCACGAAAUGGCCGACCUACGAGACGCUUUUCUGGUACGCCAUUUCCAGCGCAAUUUUUUGCCCGGUGUACCUGUGGUCCCUCAACGACAGCGCCGGCCUGCGAUGGAUCACGUACUUUAGCGGCGACCGAGCGCGACUCAACGAGCGACCCAUCUUCCUCGCUUGCUAUCUCGCCACCUGCGCCCUGGUUCAGAUGGUUGUACACUUUCGAUACGAUGCCGAUCGCCUCAUAAUCAUCAAGCCGGUCGCUGACAAGGAAGAUGCCUCGACAAAAACGGGCGGAUUUCUCACCGGAUCAGCUCAAAAGAUUGCACAGCAAUUCCCCACAGUGUUUGCAGGCUGCAUCAGGCAAGCGACAUUCUCGCUUGGCGUGGCUAUUGUCUUGUACUAUGCGCUGUUACGAUCUUGCACCUGGACUUGGACUCUGAUGAUGUUCCGUCCCUUCUACAACCUGCCUCGCACUAACCUCGUUCCUAGCAGCUGGCCUAUUGACUUGUUCCUCAUGGUCCGCUGCGUCUGGACUGGUGCACUUGUCAAUGCUAUCUGGGCCGCAGGCAACUCUGGAUUCUCUAUUUUCAUGGCUAAGCCUCCUCUUAAGGCUGGAAAGCCCUUUACCACGGAGUCCAAGGAUCCCAAUGGCAGUCUCCUCUCCGGACUGAACAGCAAAAAGUCCAACAUACAGUGUUUCGCCAUGUGGGAGCUUGCAAUCAUCGCGCAGGAUUUCGAAGCUCAACGAAAGGCCAUCUUCGCCGACAUUGAUCGCAAGGACGGUCCCAUGUGGUCGCAAGUCUACACAAUCUGCAUGACUACUUUGAAGAGCGUAGAAGAGCGAGUUGAUGCUUACGGCAAACCGCUACUUCCCACCGUCCCCGUCAAAGCCCCGGAGGAGCCCAGGCAGCGCGUUUCCGCUCCCCUCAAGCAGGACCAAAUCUUCACCAAAAGCAACGCCACUCGCAGCGGCGUGGACAAGGCCUGGGAUCAGCUCGCACGCUCGCCAGGCUCCUCUCCCAUCGCCGAGCUCAGCCCACUCGCCAAGAAGACGUGGAGGCAGACCCGGGACCGCAUGCUCACCAAGGAGCAGCAGGAAGCCGUGUCCAAGGAGAGCAUCCAAUCAUACAUCGACCAGGCCACCUCGUACCUGCUCCGGCUGGAGUGGCUCGGCAGCAUCUUCCGCCACGAGUUCAGCACCGAGUUCGCUGCCGCCGUCCUCGGGCAGCCGUACGCCGAGCCCACCGUGUACAUCCACGCCACCCAGGCACUGUGUUACCUCGCCGUCCACAGCCUGGCCGAGGACCAGUUCGGCAAUGUGCACCGCGACGUGCCCAGCAUCGUCCGCGCGCUGACCGCCAUCAUCACCAAGGUCGAGGCCCUCAAGGCGCGCUUCCCCAUCCACUGGACCGACUCGACGCGGCGCCGCGAGAGCCCCGAGGUGGACCAGGUCAUCGACGCCAUGCGCGUGGGGCUGGAGCAGGUAGUCGCCAAGUUUGAGCCGUACAGCGCCGACCUCCGGCUGAACCUGACGGACCUUCGUCUCGCUAAGGAGGCCAUGACGAAGAAGACGCCACCGCCGCCGCAGGAGGAGGUGGUCGCGGCGCCAGGGGAGGAUUUAGCCAAGGAGAAGAGCGGUGCGCCCGUCGCGAAGAGGGUGGACUUGACGAGAUCAAGGCCGAUCACGCAGCGGAGGGCAGAGCCGGCGGUCAGGCAACGACUGGACCAGCGCAGGCCCGAGAUGGAGCAAGCUCGGUGA